GAAGCGCGGCCGCCGGAAGGGAGAGAAAGGGCGGACGGCGAUGUCGUGCUCGUCGUCGGAUCUGGCGCCGCUCCUUGGAGGCGGCAUGAACGGCUCAGCCGCAGCCGACUACAUCUGCAACCAGCUCUCCGACGCCGGCCACGCCAUCGACACCACCUACCUCCUAUUCUCCACCUACCUCGUUUUCGCCAUGCAACUCGGCUUCGCCAUGCUCUGCGCCGGCUCCGUGCGCGCCAAGAACACCAUGAACAUCAUGCUCACCAACGUGCUCGACGCGGCCGCCGGCGGACUUUUCUACUACCUCUUCGGCUUCGCCUUCGCCUUCGGCAAACCCUCCAACGGUUUCAUCGGCACCCGAUUUUUCGCCCUCAAGGGCGUGCCUGACCCGAGCUUCGACUACUCCAACUUCCUCUUCCAGUGGUCCUUCGCCAUUGCCGUCGCCGGCAUCACCUCCGGGUCCAUCGCCGAGCGCACACAGUUUGCCGCCUACCUCAUCUACUCCUCCUUCCUCACCGGAUUCGUCUACCCAAUCGUAUCUCACUGGUUUUGGUCGGCCGACGGGUGGGCGGCGGCUGGGAGGAACGCCGGGGAAUCGCUGCUGUUUGAUUCGGGAGUGAUCGACUUCGCAGGGUCGGGAGUGGUCCACUUGGUGGGGGGCGUCGGAGGGCUGUGGGGGGCCCUCAUCGAGGGCCCCCGCGUCGGACGCUUCGACCACGCCGGCCGCUCGGUGGCCCUCCGCGGCCACUCCGCCACCCUGGUGGUGCUUGGCACUUUCCUCCUCUGGUUCGGUUGGUACGGUUUCAACCCCGGAUCAUUCGCCGUCAUCUUGAAGGCCUACGGCCCCAGUGGCUCCAGUCAAGGCCAGUGGUCCGCCGUCGGACGCACCGCCGUCACCACCACCCUCGCUGGCUGCACCGCCGCGCUCACGACCCUCUUCGGUAAGCGCCUGCAGACGGGCCACUGGAAGGUGGCCGACGUCUGCAACGGGCUCCUCGGCGGCUUCGCGGCCAUCACCGCCGGAUGCUCGGUGGUCGAGCCUUGGGCCGCCAUCAUCUGCGGCUUCGUCUCCGCCUGGGUGCUCAUCGGCCUCAACCACCUCGCGGCGGCGCUCCAGUUCGACGACCCCCUUGAGGCCGCACAGCUCCACGGCGGCUGCGGCGCUUGGGGAAUCAUCUUCACGGCGCUGUUCGCGACGGAGAGGUACGUGAACGAGGUGUACCCGGGGCGAGCCGUGCGGCCCUACGGACUCCUCAUGGGAGGCGGCGGCCGCCUCCUGGCCGCCCAUCUCGUGGAGAUCCUCGUCAUCGCCGGGUGGGUCAGCGCCACCAUGGGGCCUCUCUUCUACGCCAUGCACAAGCUCGGCCUCCUCCGCAUCUCCGCCGAUGAAGAGAUGGCCGGCAUGGACCUCACUCGCCACGGCGGCUUCGCCUACGUCUACCACGACGAAGAACCAAAGCCUGCCACCGCCCUAUCGCUCAAGUACUCGACUACGCGGGUUGAACCGCUCCUACAAAAACCAGUGGACGUAGAAUUCUCCUGACUUAAAUCGAACCGAACGAGUCCAAAUCCUAAUGCCGAACCGAGUUCAAGAUUCUUCAUUUGCUUAUCCAGCUAUUGAGCUUGUUCAACAGCUUACACGCAAGUAUCUCUCACUCAUAUGCCCCUCUGGCAUAGUAGGGGUGUGAACGAGCUAAACUAAAUUAAGUCAAGCUUAAACUCUAAACUUGAACCAAGUUCAAGAUUACUCAUUU